CUCUUCCGAAAGCUGGACCUCAACGAAGACGGGAGGGUGGACAUUGCCGAGCUCCAGACGGGCCUCCGGGCCAUGGGCAUCCCUCUGGGGAAGGAGGCGGAGGAGGAAAUUCAGAAUUCUGCCAAGUGAGGCAGGCUCCUGUGCUGUGUUCCACUGCUGUGUCUCAGCAUGGGGAUGGCUGACAAUGGCCCAGACCUGCUGACUAACUUACAUUUCCACACCAAAUACAGAGGUCUUCUGAUGGAGUAGGAAUUCAACACUGCAACAUGAUUUAUAUAAUGGAGAAGUUUUUUUUAAAAUACCUUCAGUGUUUCAGUCUGCUUGUGGCCUCUUGUGUUAGUUGUGCAGGACUUGGAAAGCAGCUGUAUUAACAAAAUAUGCAACAGAAAAAGAACAAAAAUAGUAGAAUUAUGAAGAAAAGAAAAGAGGAAGAAAGAGGUGACAGUAUCAUGACCAAAUAGGUCAGCACAGGAGCAUUUUAGUCGGUUUGUGUGAAGGCUUGUAGCAUUAAAAAGAAAGAUCACAGAAUCAUAGCAUUGUUUGGAUUGGUAAUGAUUUUUAAAAGGUCUUGUAGUCCAAUUCCCCUGCAAUAUAGCAAGGUUGCUAUAUCAGGUUGCUCAGAACCCCACCCAGCCUCACCUCAGAUAUUCCCAGGGGUGGAGCAUCCUGGGCAACCUGUGCCAGUGUUUUACCACCCUCAUUGUAAAAAACUUCUUCCUUAUAUGUAAUCUAAAUCAACACUCCUUACAUUUAAAACCAUUCUCCAUGUCCUAUUGCUACAGGUCCUGCUAAAAUAUUUGUCUCUUUUAUAAGCCCCUUUAAGUACCAACAGGCUGCAGUGAGGUCUCCCUGGAGCCUUCUCAUCCUCAGUCUGAAAAACUCCAGCCUUUCCUCACAAGCAUCUCACAGGAGAGGUGCUCCUGCUCUCUGAUCAUCUUUGGGGCCUCCUCAGGCCCCGCUGCACCAGGUCUGUGUCUUUCCUGUGCUGAGGAGCCCAGAGCUGGAUACACUACUCCAGGUGGGGUCUCAUGAAGGCAGAGUAGAGGAAUGGAAGCUCCCUUGAGCUGCUGGUCAUGCUUCUUUUUCUGCAGCCCAUGUCAUCAUCCAAACUGUGUUCCUACAUCUGUCAGCAAUUAACAAUUCUUUAUGUGGUCACCAUUUCAUUUUACCCAGUGAAUUAUCCUUACUGCUUGUGAUUACAGUUUUUAGACAAUGAGAAAAAAAUGGUGUGCCUUGAAAAAUGAACAUUUGGAUCUGAGCCUUUGUGAAGGUGAGGUGAUCCCACAGUAAGGCAGUAACAAGAAAUGGCAGGUUUGAUGUGGCAGGCAUGCCAAACAUUGUUUCCCAGGGCUUGUAAGUGAGUGUUGGCACCUUGGUUCCUGCUCUAUUGUAAGCAUGCCUAUUUUAAAAUGCAUCCAGUGCUCCUCCAUCUGAGAAGCUGGUGACCCAGGCACUGGGAGAGUGACAAGUGGCUGUAAUUAUACAAAAUCUGGUGGUAUAUUAAAUUUAGAAGAGCAGAGUUGGAUUCAGUGUUGAACUGAAGUGGGGAGUGAUUGACUGAUGGAGUAGUUUGUGUGUGGAGGCUGUGGAAUCUCCUUUCUUGACGAUGUCCAAGACUCAGUUGGAUGUGGUCCCACACAACCUAAUCUAAUUAGAUCUAAUUAGACAUGCUUUCAGCUGGGGUUGAGUUCAAUGGACUCCAGAGGUUCCUUCCAACUUGAAUUACUAUUUGAUGCGGUGAAGGGGCAGUUUGUACCAAGGACUUAGUGUGCCAGGCUCCCCACAGAAUCCAGAGGUGUCUUCCUGCUGGCUAUGCCCAUGGGGUAUGGAACCCCCCCAGGAGGAAGUUUCUGCCUGCCAAGUAGAAGACAAGCUUCUUUCGAUGUUCCUGUUCCACAAACUUGCAAAUUACUGAUUUUAAUCUGAAACCUUAACACCCACAUAAUUAGUUCACCUCACAGACAGCAAGAGGCUUUUGUUUGCAUGAGCUUUUAGAUUUGUACUGAGAGAAAAACACAUGUGCCAUAUGUUUUUGUUCCCUGUCAUUUCUGUCCUGCUUCGCUGAGAGUGGCUGAGACUGACUUGAAGUCUGGAAAAUAACUGUCAAAACAAAAGUAGGAAAUGGAGAGUACGUUUGUGCUUACCAUUUUCUCAUUGUUGCAAUAUGGAUUCCAUUUCUUUUGCAGAUGAACUGAAAAGUGUCCCCCUUCACAUACAGAAAUUACCAGCUCUCUAAAGUAACAUGGAGUUUCUGUUUUCUUUGGCUCACAGUGGAGGUUCUCAUCCUCAGCAGUGGAGGUUCUACUAUAAUUAUAAUUUAGUUCAAGUUUUGUCCUCACAGAUAUGUGACACAGAAAACCACUUUCCUUGUUCUGCAUUUUGGUUUGUGUAGUUCAGCUAGCAAUAGGGAACAGUAACAAUUGUUGUGGAGUAGAACUCACACAAAGUGAUUACAAGUGUCACAUAAGUCACCUCUUCUCAGGAAGGCGUGGGAGCCCAGCAGGACACUCAGACCCUGCAGCAUGAGGUGCCAUGAGUGGAGUAAUUGACUUGAUUUUUACUGUGCACAACUUGCUGUAUUAUGGAAGAAAAUUUUUAAAGCUGGGGAUACUAACCAGGAUGGACAGCUGGAUUUUGAAGAAUUUAUGCAGUAUCUUAAAGAACAUGAGAAAAAGAUGAAACUGGCAUUUAAGAGCCUGGACAAAAACAAUGAUGGAAAAAUUGAAGCCUCAGAAGUUGUCCAGUCCCUCAAGAUAUUGGGUAUAGACAUUUCAGAAAAACAGGCAGAAAAGAUCCUGCAAAGUAUUGAUGCUGAUGGGACAAUGACAGUAGACUGGAAUGAGUGGAGAGAUCAUUUUAUGUUUAAUCCAGCUACAGACAUCGAAGAAAUAAUUCGAUACUGGAAACAUUCCACUGUAUUGGAUAUAGGAGAUAGUUUGACUGUUCCAGAUGAGUUCACAGAGGAAGAGAAGAAGACUGGGCAGUGGUGGAAGCAGCUGCUGGCAGGAGGAGUGGCUGGUGCUGUCUCUCGAACAGGUACAGCACCCUUAGAUCGCCUUAAAGUCAUGAUGCAGGUUCAUGGUUCAAAGUCAAACAAAAUGAAUAUAGCCAGCGGUUUUAAGCAAAUGUUGAAAGAAGGUGGUGUCCGAUCCCUUUGGAGGGGAAAUGGUGUAAAUGUUGUGAAAAUAGCUCCUGAAACAGCUAUUAAGUUCUGGGCUUAUGAACAGUAUAAGAAGAUACUCACUAGGGAUGAUGGAAAGUUAGGCACUGUUGAAAGAUUUGUAUCUGGUUCUUUGGCUGGAGCAACAGCACAAACUUCUAUUUAUCCCAUGGAGGUUUUAAAGACCAGAUUGGCUGUGGGUAAAACAGGGCAAUAUUCUGGGAUGUUUGACUGUGCUAAGAAGAUUUUAAAAAGAGAAGGUCCAAAAGCCUUCUACAAAGGCUAUAUUCCUAAUAUUCUGGGUAUAAUUCCUUAUGCUGGCAUUGACCUUGCUGUUUAUGAGCUCUUAAAGAGUACGUGGCUAGAGCACUACGCAUCGAGCUCUGCGAACCCAGGUGUUUUUGUGCUCUUGGGCUGUGGCACCGUUUCCAGCACGUGUGGGCAGUUAGCCAGUUACCCUCUGGCUCUCAUCAGAACACGCAUGCAGGCUCAAGCCUCAGUGGAAGGAGCUCCACAGCUAAGCAUGGUUGGUCUCUUUCAAAGGAUUGUUGCUACAGAGGGACUCCGAGGACUUUAUAGGGGCAUAGCCCCUAAUUUUAUGAAAGUGCUUCCAGCUGUCAGCAUCAGCUAUGUUGUCUAUGAAAAAAUGAAACAGAAUUUGGGAAUAGCAUGAAAUGAAGGAAAAAGGUGAGAUGCUUCUAAUGCUGUUGGAAAUACGAGAACAAUGUUUUCUCAAGUAAUCUGCUCUCACAAUUAGAGACAGAUCUUUAUAGAGAGAUGCUGCGAUUUCCACAUUUGCCCUUAAGUGGGAAGAAACUUUCUUAAAUUUUAGUUCACCAUUUUUAAACAGAUACCUAUAUUGCACUUUAAAAUGUCACUGAGUUGAAAAAAAAAUCAAGAAACUGUCUUUAAAUCAGCAGUAUGUUUUUAUUUUUAGGAAAUCAUGCAUAUUUUACUCAUUGGGGUUUUUGUAAUUUGUCCUUUCUAAAUGUGUAUUUGUCUUGGAUGAAACCAAAGGUAGGAGAAGUUUAUGCUGCCUUGAUACUGAAUAUAUGAAAGUGACUUUGUGUUUUGUCAUGCUGCCUACACUCAAGCAAUUCACAGGCGACAUUCUGCAUGCCUAGAAGUGAGCACUUUUGUUAUUUUGGAAGACUUAACGUUAAGUUCAUAAGAAAUUGCGUCUUGGAUACACACAAUAAUGGAAUAACACAUUAAAAUAUAGCCCACCACCUUUGUCUUCAGGCAAACCUUUUUUAUUUUUCAUUAUUUAAAGAGCCUGAGAAACUGCUGUUCUGCAGUAUCGGAAUACCUCAAUGGAUUUACACGGUAUUUUUGUAGUACAAUCAGCAAUUUUGAUAACUUGCUUCACUGGACCUGCUUUUCAUUGCACUUGUAAAUGUCAGCACCAUUAACCAUGGCAAAAUUUGGGUUACAGCUGCUGCAUGUUUUAUAGGAUCAUAAUACAAAGGAACAGAAAAGGCUUGGAUGUUAGAUCCAUUCCAAACUAGUGCAAGUUGCUAUUUAAAAACAGGAUGGAGGAUCCAGUAUGAAGCUGGUGGUAAUUGUGGUACAGCCAAUGGCAGAGCUGUCCAUAGCUCUGGGAACAGGAAUGCUUGUCAUUUUGGACUCUCCAUUCUUUCCCUUAUUCAGAGGGCUACAUCCACUCUGUGCUUUUAGCCAGUAGAGGAUUGCAUUAUUAUGUAAGGGAUUUUUACAGUUUUGUCAUGCGAGAUCAGUCUUCCCUGCACAUCGGCUGUGGGUGUGAAAUUGGGAUAAUAAAAUACUGAAGUGUUUCGUCCAGGUGACCAAGUGGCAGUGCUGACCUCAGGUGCCCAUCAGAUUGGUGUUAAUGUAGCAUGCAAAGCAUGCAUGCCGACCUGCUAGUGCUUGAGAAACAGCUCCUCCUCAAAAAACAAAGCAGCCCUUCCUCCAUGCACAACAUUAGGUGUUUCCAUGUACAAGUCCUUCCAAAGUGACUUCCCUUUUUAUUUUUUUUUUUUUGUGUGUGUGGAGGGGCACACAGUUGCCUUCAGGCCUGAACACUGAAAUAGAUUAACAAUUGUUAGCUGAUUCAUUUGUUUAGGCUUUUUCUGCUUUCUGUAAUGUGUAUUGUCUUAAUCUUGGUAAAUUCGAGAUUAUACUUACCUUGACCUUCUAAAAGCAACUGCUCUUAGACCACUUGCUGAAAUUGGAUUAUUGAAGGAAGAACUUUAUUCUGUUACGGUCAUUAAGGGUCUUCUUUUUAAUUAUUUCCUUUUUCUGGGUGGGCAUGAGGGCUGCAUGGGUUUUUUUGGUUUUUUGUUUGUGUUUUUUUAAGCAGAAAAAUAAGCAAGCAAGCAAAAAUAACUACCUGAAUCUCCCAUAUGCUUUGGGCCAUAUUUUUCAGACAGCAAUCACAUGUAAAUUUGUGUUCAGCGCUUCCAUGGCUGGUGUUUAUUCUCCAUAAACUGAUACACAGCAAUUCCGUAAAAUCUGUAUUAUAAAAUUUUUUUAUCACAUUUCAGAAAAUGGCAGCUCUAGCUGUAUUUUGGCCUUCCCUUUAGGGAAACGUUGGACUUUGCACUUUAAAAAAAAAAAAAAAAAAAAGUCAUUCUAUCCAAAUCAUUUUUAUGUAUAAUGCCUUUCUGAUCUGAGUUUUCCUUGGUUUUGCCAAUAUCUUUGUACCUUUGUGGGAUUUGUGAGAUCCCUGGUAAUUUUGUUUGACUGUGACCAAUAAGCAAAUGUAUUGUGUGUGUGAUGUAAAGAUGACUUCAGCAUUUCUAUCUUCCAGACUUGUUCCAUUUUGUUCAUAGUGUGCAAGUGCCGUUACGAGUAUUGAAAUCAUGGUAACAUUUUCAAAUGUUGAGAAGAUGAGCUGUUUCAGAUUUGAUUUUUUCAUUAUGUGCCUUGAUGAUGACUGUGCUCAAUUGUGUAUUCUUUGUCUCUUAAAUGUAUGUUUACCUUUCUAGCUCUAUAAAACUACCAGUUUCUAAUAAAUCUUGGAUUCCUUAUCUGA